ACCUUCUUCAUUCUGUUUCCUCUGUUAUUCAACAAACACAUCCUUUCAAAUUUUCAAGCUUCCAACUCUCAAUCAAGCUUUAGUCGAACUAUCGAUUUACAAAGUUUCACGAGCUUUCCUGAAUACGAUUGGAUUAAAUACCGAUUUUUCCGGCGAAAUGGAGCUGCGCUCAUCUCCUCCGGUUGACGGCGUCGCCGCAUCGGGAAUGCCGGAAGCCGACGUUCACGUUGUUACCUCCACUGGUUUACUCAUCGCGGCGCACUCUAAGAUCCUGGCUGCUGCUUCGCCGGCGCUGGAGAGCAUGAUCAAUCGGCCGCAGAAGCGGCGGAGCUCGGAACGGAAAAUCCCCAUACUUGGCGUGCCUGACGACGCCGUUUCCGUGUUCGUCCAGUUUCUCUAUUCAUACAGAUGCGGUGAGGAGCAGCUGAAGAAGUAUGCGAUACAUUUGCUAGCACUGUCGCAUGUAUACUUGGUACCACAGCUAAAGCAGAGAUGUACAAGGGCGUUGGCUGAGCAGCUGACCAUUGAGAAUGUGGUGGAUGUGCUUCAGCUAGCAAGACUGUGCGACGCGCCCGAUCUUCACCUCAAGUGCAUGAACAUGCUGUCGAGAAACUUCAAGGCGCUUGAGGAGACCGAAGGAUGGAAGUUCCUGCAGAAUCACGAUCCCUUCCUUGAGCUCGAGAUUCUGCAAUUCAUUGAUGAAUCUGAGUCGAGGAAGAAGAGGACGAGGAGGCGUAGAGAGGAGCUGAGUUUGUAUAUGGAGCUAAGUGAAGCUAUGUACUGUCUCGAGCAUAUAUGCUCCGAGGGGUGCACUAGUGUCGGCCCACGUGAUAUGGAUCUGAGCAAAGAAAAGGGCCCUUGCAGCAAGUUCUCGACUUGCCACGGCCUCCAGCUUCUGAUCAAGCACGUCGGUAGCUGCAAGAAGAGGGUUAAUGGAGGAUGUUUGCGCUGUAAACGCAUGUGGCAGCUCUUUAGGCUGCAUUCCUCCAUUUGUGACCAUUCUGAUGAAUGCAGAGUUCCUCUAUGCAGGCAGUUCAAGUCGAAGGAGCUACGAGAUGGGAGAGAAAGUGAUGAGCUGUGGAGAUUGCUUGCAAGGAAGGUGGCAUUGGCCAAAGCUAUGCUAUCUCUCCCAAAGAGGAAGAGAGAAGAGGAGCCAAGAGGAGUGAUGAACUAUCAAAAAUUGAGAAGCUUCAAGUUAUGAAAUCAACCAAAAAAAAAAUGUUGGUAAAUUAAAAUAAUGAAUUCCACUAUUUAUUUAUGUUUGCUGGUCUUAGGAAGUGGUGAAGUCAUUAGAAAUUAUAAGUUUAGUCAAUUUUUUUGAUACUUUAUUAUUGAGCUCUGUCUCUUGCCUUGACUCUAUUUUUUUGAGACAUAGGUUAGGCAAGAAGUGUAUUCAAAUAAAAACCCAACUAAUGUAGUAAUCAUUGUUGGUAAAUUUUAUGUCUGGAUAAUAAUUCUUUGUAAUUGAUCGUGCUUAAUAUAUUUUAAAUUUUCUUAA